GGUGGAGUGAGACGCGAGGGUGCUACGGGGACCGAGUGGGUGUUGAGCCCAUUUGAUUGCCUUGUAGUGAGGGUAAUCCUCCUCAAUCGAUCGGGGUGUCCAAUUUGGGCACGGCUGCUGCUCGCAAUGGUAGAUGACAGUCUCAGGGCCAUCUGCGAUAUAAACGUCGAUGAGGUCCUGAGAGUUGAAUGCGUGAACCUGGCCUUGACAGGCAGCCAUGAUGGAUGGGGGGAGGACGGGGAG